CGCUUUCUUUCUUUCUUUCUAGCUUCUUCUUCUUCUACCAACAACUCCAUUUCAUUCUUUCUCUACUUAGAAAAAAUCAAUUUGAUUACACACAUUCCACAGUCACAGUUGCAGAGCAGAGUAGUAUAAGGAUAUAUGAUGAGAGAAGCACAGGCAGAUUAAGGCUUUUCCUUUGGUGUAUCUCCCACUGCACCAGUUCUUUCAAUACAUUCAUAACUUGGAUUGUAUUGUUGUUGAGAUCGAUAAGAUAGAUCAAAGUUUGUGCGCAGUUACAAAGACAUAAUACAAGCUUUUCGAGAUCAGAAAGAUGCCAAACAUCUCUAAUGCAGAUAAUGAUAUAGUUGUGGGUUUCAAGAAGGAAGAAGAAAUAAUCAUAGCUCAGCUUACUCAUGGGUCAAAGGAGAGAGAAGUUGUUUUAAUUUCUGGUAUGGGCGGAUUGGGGAAGACAACUUUAGCCAGGAGAGUGUAUGAGGGGAAAAAAAUAUUCAACCACUUUGACAAGCGUGCGUGGUGUACUGUUUCUCAAGAAUAUGAUUGCAAGGACUUAUUGGACAAAAUAUAUAGUCAAGUAUAUGGUAGUGAGAUAAAGAUGGGCAGUAGUAGUGUAGUUGAAGGUGUAUGUGGUAGUGAGAUAAAGAUGGGCAGUAGUAGUGUAGCUGAAAACCUUCGCAAAAGUUUGAUGGGAAUGAGAUACCUCAUAGUGUUGGAUGAUAUUUGGAGUCUAGAAGCAUGGGAAGAGUUGAAUAGAGUUUUUCCCCCAUGUGACAAUGGAAGUAGAAUUGUUUUAACAAGCAGACAAGAAAGUGUGGUUUCUGAUGCCAAACAUAUUCAUCUUCCUUUCUUCACUAUUGAUGAGAGUUGGGAAUUAUUGCAAAUGAAGUUAUUUAAAGGGAAGGGAUGUCCUGAAGAGCUUGAAAAUGUUGGAAGAGAAAUAUCUAAAAUAUGUGGGGGAUUACCCUUGACAGUUGGUUUGAUGGCGGGUCUUCUUGAAAAAGUUGAAAAGAAUGAGCAAAUGUGGUGUGAAUUUUUGUUUCCUUUAUACUCAUAUGUUACAUUUAGAGACGGAAUACAAAGCAAUGAUGUGAUAGCGCUUAGUUACAAAUAUUUAUCAGAUCAUUUGAAACCAUGCUUACUUUAUUUUGCUGCAUUCCCAGAGGAUGAAGUAAUCCAAGUUUCGAAACUAAUAAAACUAUGGAUAUCUGAAGGAUUCAUCAUAGGAAUGACAGAGAAAGGGAGAGUAGAAGAUGAGGCAGAGGAUUACUUAAACGAUCUGGUUUGUAGUAACCUAAUUAUGGUGUCUGAAAAGGAGUAUGAUGGUCACAUCCUAUCAUGCAGGGUUCAUGACUUGGUAUGUGACUUUUGCUUAACAAAAGCUAGAGAAGAUAUUUCCUUGGAGGUAAUUAAUAUGGAAAAGAAGUGGGAUCAAACUCUGAAUUUUACCCCACAUCGAAUAUGUUUUCAUAUGCAUGGGACAUCUAAUAUCGCUUCUGAAUUGGUACCAUGGAAUUCUUCUAUUCACACAGUUUUGGUUUUCCAUAGUUAUGAACACUCUUAUAAUUUCUCAUGGAUUGCUAAAAAAUUUGAACAUCUCACAGUCUUGGAUUUAGAGGCAAUCUCGGUGUACCAGUCAAUUUUGUCUGAAGUUAACUCACUAAUUCAUCUGAGGUAUCUAGCUCUCAAAUUACAUAGAGAUGAAGAUGAUCAUGCAGAUGAUGUCUCACCAUUAUCACUAGGAAAUCUUAAGUGCCUCAUAACAUUAGAGUUGAGAUCGUAUCAGGAGCAUUUCCCAAUUUUUUUUUUUGAAUAUGAGUAGAUUGAGACAUAUGAUUAUUAGUGGUGCCAGUUGUGAUAAGUCUUGCGUGGAGAAAUCAAGCUCAGAUAUGAUUGAAGCAAUUUCUUAUUCAGAAGACCUACAAACCUGGGUUUCGCGAUGUCAUCUCACUCCAAUGCAUGAAGAUUUAUUGAGAAAGUUUCCCCGUCUCAAAAAAUUGAGUUGUAAUGUCUCAAGUUCUGAAGGCUUUCCUGAAAUUGACUUUCUCCAUCAUCUUGAAAAUCUUGAGUUAUCCAGUAAUUUUGAAAGCUUUCCACUCAGCAAGUUUCCAUCAAGUAUUAAGGAAAUACGUUUGAAUUUUAUUACUCUUUCGGUGUCUGCAAUUUCAACAAUUGCACAGCUUCCCCGUCUUGAGAGCCUAAUACUAUUUGAUUGCAGGUUUGAGGGCAUAUGGAUUGUGGAGGAGGAAACCAAAUUCUCCAAACUCAAAAUCCUCCAACUAAUUUUACUUAAUAUUGGAAUUUGGGAUAUUAGCAAUGCUGCUGAGUCCUUUCCUUGCCUUGAGCAAUUAGUUUUGGGAUAUUGUCGGAACUUACUACAGAUGCCUUCUAACUUUGAUGAUGUUUUAACAUUGAAAAAGAUCAUUGUGACCAAUUGCAAUCACGAUGUUAACAGUUGGGCGAAGAACAUCGAGGAAUCUGCACAGAAUAUAGGAAAUGAGCAACUCAAUGUCAAGAUACUCGAGCAAUCUGGGAUCAACCCUGAGCAUGAGCUAAUACUCAAAUUUCUUCUACAUCCCGUGAUGAGAACGCGAAAAUCUGAUAGCAUGUUCUCUAAAAUAAAAAGAGAAAGAAUGAGGAGAAAGAGACCAGGAGUGUGACCAAAGAGUAAUCACAACUUGAUAUUACUUUUAUUUUUAAAUUUGAAUAAUAAUAUUAAUAUUUCUCUAGUGUAACUCUUUUCUUUAUAUUUACUCUGUACAAGCAUUAUAUUCGAAUAUAAUACUUAGAAUCCUUCUGCUGAAAUAUUUGAGUGUAUAAAGCAUAAUUUUAAAUAGAGUUAA